AUGGUACCUACUGUCUCUUGCAACUGUCAUUCACUAGUCUCUUCUCUUUUGGAUGCUGUUGUUUGCUUCAGUGGAAAGAAUAUGGGUGCAGUGAGCAAGAGCCUAGAUUUUUCUUCUUCCCUUUUAAACGCAGAUCAUCGGGAGGAGGCCGCCCCAGUAAUGGAGAAACAAGGCAUAGUAACUAUCCUUUGUUCAGAUUGUGAAAAAAGCCAAACUUCAUCUUUAAGAAGAACACUAUCUGCUGAUAUGUCUUCUAAGAAAUGGCUUGCACAAAAUGGGUUUUUCUCCCCAUUCAAAAAGAUUUCGUCACCAUCUGAUCAGGAGCUUGUUAAUCAAUCACCCCAUGAUUCUUCAUCAGACGGUGAAGAACAAUGCAUGAAAGAGAAGGACGAUCGUGGUGUUGGAAAGCCCUCAGCACAAGAUAUUUGGGGUUCAAUUUUAUCGAAAAAGAGUGAAGAUUCUACCAAGAUUUCAGCACCUUAUAUUCACCCUCUUGUGAAGAGAUCAGCCAGUUCUUUGAGUGAGAAGAGUUUAGAGAUUUGCACUGAAAGUCUUGGAUCAGAAACUGGUUCUGAUUGUUUUUCUUCGUACCCGGCUUCAGAAAUCAGCGAUACAGAUGAACAAAAAGAAGAUCAUGAAUAUGAACAAAAAUUGCAGCAACAACAAGUGAAGGAAUCGAACUCGUUCGAAGAUUUUCAUGUUGUCAAGUACAAGAAUUCGCCACCUCGACCUUUGCCGCCCCCAAUUCCUUCAAUAUCUGAUGGAACUUCAAUCCGAAUACAAUCUCACCGCAGAAACGGUAGGCUUGUUCUUGAAGCUGUUUCUGUCCCACCAAGAAACAAUUUUUAUGUUCAACGCUUUGACGGCCGCCUAGUUUUAACUUUGAUCAAUAGUCCUAUUUCCCAAGAGCGACGCGAUAAAACGGUGGAGGAAAAUAAGGUUCGAAAAUUCAAUGAAGUUUUCGAUGAUAUGGAAGAGAUUGAUCAACAUGUUGAGGAGAAAAUAAAUGACGGUGGUUAUGAGGAGGAGAAGGUGGCCGAGGAGGCGGAGGAGGAGAGAGUUAAGCAAAAUAAUGUAGCCAAGGGGGUGGAAUUUGUUAUGGAUCAAAACUCAAGAUCAUUGCCAAUUGGUGGGACGAUGAAGAAACUUAUGAAGCUAGGCAACAAGAACCCAAAAUGGUCUAACAAAAUCGUCAACAUGAAGGAGGUUGAGGACCUACCAAUUUCACAAUCACUCCCACCGCGGCCCAGCCGGGUGCCUCGUCUGAUUCCAUCUCUACCACCGCCAGCCACCACCUCCCUCAACUCCUACCACUACUUCUGGCGGAGCAAAACCACCUUCGGCACCCAAUUCACACCCCUCAAGAACAAUGCUUGCCUAGCCAAUGGUGAAAAAGCAUAUGAUCAUCAAAAUAUGGUGCUCAUCAAAGGUAACAAGGACGAAUAUUAUGUUCCAUUAUCAAUGGGAUGCAAGAAGCCAAGGAGGUCCAUGUUGAUUUGGGAGCCUUACUGCGUUGCCACCUCCUGA